AAAAAAAUUCAUGGAAUAAUAAUUUUGGUUUGUUUGAAGAAGGCGGUGAGAAUAAAAAAAUUUGUUCCCGGCUUUGUUAUGUCAUAGGACAACCGUGUGGGGAUUGGUGGAAGGGAAUGGCGUGCGAGGUAUUGGUGUGUUCGAAGAUUUAAGUUAUGAGUGUUGCUGUUUGGCGGUGCAGUCGUGGUACGGAACACGCGGGUACUCUUCUCGCAGCUUGUUGGGUCUAGUCGGGGAACGGUAGUUUCGUGUGUUUGCCGGGCGGGUAGUGAACCGACGAAAUCAUUGAACGAAUGAAAAUGAACGAGUUUUAAGAAACAUUUAUAUUGGCUGGGAGAAUUACUUCACAACGUAUUUGAUUUCCACUACAUAAGUUGGUGCUUUACGUUGACUGACCACGAUGCUAAGAAGUAGAACAAAACACUUACUGCAUUGCGUGCUCCUAUUUACUGUCAUAGGAGUAUUUGAAUUGUGCACCGGAGGAAUACGUCUAAGUGGCGAUCAGACGGCGUAUUUGGACCCUUGGGAGAGGUACGGUUACAUCGGGACGGUCGUGUUAUACUUCCUGAGGCUCCUUGCGUUCCUGCCAUUGCCCCAGGUGCUGUUCAAUUUCUUCGGUCUGACCUUUUACAACGCGUUCCCCGACAAGGUGGCGCUGAAGGGAUCCCCCAUACUGGCUCCUUUCAUAUGCAUCCGCAUCGUGACGAGGGGGGACUACCCGCAGCUGGUGAAGGCGAACGUUUCGAGGAACAUGGCGACGUGCACGCAGGCCGGCCUGGAGAACUUCAUCAUCGAGGUGGUGACGGACAAGAGCCUGGGCCUGCCGGAGCGGAGGCGGGUGCGGGAGGUGGUGGUCCCGCCCAGGUACCGGCCCAAGAGCGGGGCGCUGUUCAAGGCGAGGGCGCUGCAGUACUGCCUCGAGGACGGGGUGAACAUCCUGGCGGACUCGGACUGGAUCGUCCACCUGGACGAGGAGACCCUCCUGACGGAGAACUCGGUGCGGGGGAUCCUGAACUUUGUGCUGGACGGCAAGCACCACUUCGGCCAGGGGCUCAUCACGUACGCCAACGAGGACGUGGUGAACUGGGUGACGACGCUGGCCGACAGCUUCCGGGUGGCGGACGACAUGGGCAAGCUCCGCUUGCAGUUCUACAUGUUCCACAAGCCGCUGUUCAGCAUGAAGGGCUCUUACGUCGUGACUCAGGUUGGAGCGGAGCGGCACGUGUCGUUCGACAACGGCCUGGACGGCUCCGUGGCGGAGGACUGCUUCUUCGCGAUGCGCGCCCACCGCGAGGGCUUCUCCUUCAACUUCGUGGAGGGCGAGAUGUGGGAGAAGUCCCCGUUCACGCUGUGGGACUUCGUGCAGCAGCGCAAGCGCUGGCUGCAGGGCAUCCUGCUGGUGGUUCACUCCAAGGAGAUCCCCGUGCGGCACAAGCUGCUGCUCACCAUCUCGUGCUACUCCUGGGUCACCCUGCCGCUGUCCACGUCCAACGUGGUCCUCGCGGGGCUCUGCCCCAUCCCCUGCCCGCCGCUCAUGGACUUCGUGUGCGCCUUCAUCGGCGCCGUCAACAUCUACAUGUACGUGUUCGGCGUGGUCAAGUCCUUCUCGCUGUACCGCGUCGGGCUGGUGCGCUUCGUGCUGUGCAUCUGCGGGGCCCUCGCCACCAUCCCCUUCAACGUGCUCAUCGAGAACGUGGCCGUCAUCUGGGGCCUGUUCGGCCACAAGUACAAGUUCUACGUCGUCAACAAGGACCUGAAGCCGCCCGUUACCGUGUAGCUUUGCUUGCAGCCCUCCCCCCACGCUUUCCUGCAAAUUCAACACGAGUCGAAUUUCGUUCUCAGAUCAUUUUCGUCCAGCGUGUCGUCAAAGUGUUAUUUGUUUUGUUACCAUUGCGGUUUUUUCUCUCUAUAUCUUUCUCUCUCCGUUGCGUACGAGUAUUUUUGCCUCAUAUUGAGGCUGAUAUUGCUAAACCGACCCUUUGUGGGUUUGACGCAGCAGUCGUUAGGUACGAGGGGUUUGUCGAACGUUGUCUGCAAUGUGGGCAUUAGAGUGUGAGACAUAUGGUUAACAAAAUUUAAGGUAUAUAAUUGUUGCAAGCAUUCUUCUUAAUAUCCUUAUUAGUAACAUAUGUUCCUUGCCCUUAUUAGUUUGCCAAAGUUUUUACACAAAGUUCUUAAGUAUGUUUGGCUCUAGGAAAUUGAAAUAUGUAGAAACUAAGAAUUGAGUGUAUUUAAAGCAUCACUUUUCUUGUUAAAUUUGCAAAAAAUAUAUUUCAUGAUUCAAAUGUGGCAUGCAUUAAUUCCUUCCAAACUCUAUACAAAGAUUUUGUCCCAUUUCUUAAAAGUUUAGCAAAAUGGGAUCAGAUGCCAGUAAAACUAUGAAUGAAAAUUUUCCUUAUUUUCAUAAGAUUUUUUUUGUAAUUUUUAUUUAUUAUUUUUCAUUUUGAAAACUGAGAAAUUUUAAGAUUUAUUUUUGACUGAGGGGGGGAGAGAUGUUUCAUUUGUAGUUAAGGUUAGUUUCUGCUCCUCGAUAAAGAAACUGUAUUUCAUGGAGCAAUAGAUUUAUGACAGAUCUCUGUAGUGCACCUGGCACUAGUUUCGUCCCAUUGUAGGAAUAGAUAUAGUUUAAAAAAUAAUCUAACUGAUUUUGUGUUGUUGUUGAUGUUUCAAGAAUGUUAUUCGCAGAAUGGUGAAAAAUUUCAGAAUGUGUUAGUCAUAUUUAUUAAAUAUACAAUUGAAAUUCUGUGUCCAUAAUUAUUGCUGUAUUAAUGUGAAUUGAUGGCAAAGUACUAUUUUUCAAUGUGAUUUUUGUGUUUGAAUACGAAUGUAUGAUGCCAAACACAUAAAUAUUGUGAUAAAUAUUGAAGUUAAUUUUUAAAAAAUAAGAAUGCAGUAUUAUAAAUAUUAAGUGUUUAUUUUUUAUGUUAAGUUCUAUUUUUUUAUUUUGAUUUUGUGUCUGUGCUAAAUCACAUUUAUCUGUAGAAAUUAUUUUGAUGUAGAUAUAGGCUACUUUCACAGAAAAAAAUAUUUCUACACCUUUUUUUUGAGCAAUUAUUUUCAGACAUAGAAGUAAUUAAACAGGAGUGGAUGAUAAAAGUUCUAGAGACAACAUUUUCAAUGUUAAGAUAGUACCUACUUAGCUUGAUGUUUUUUUUGCUGAUGAUGUGUCUUGAGUACCCAGUAAUGUGAAGAUUUUUAAAUUUAUUUCUGCUAUAAUAUUGUUUAUCUGCCUUUGUAAAUUAGUUCGAAAGGACUUAGCUUGAUUAUGACGCUGAAUUUACGACUGUCCAUUAAGUCCAUUAAAGUCACUGCUGCAAGUGCAUAGUUACAUUCGCUGCACCAUUGACAUGUGUACACACCAAGCAAGCAUUGUGAUCUAAUACACACAGAACCCUGCAUAUUUAACAAACUAUUUUAUUUUAAUGAGCAUGACCUGUUUAUAUUCUUGGUUCAGGGCUAACGAUUUUCAGCCUGGUUAAGACUAUAUUUUUCAAAUGUAGUUUUAUUAUGAAAAUUUGUAAGAAAACCAAACCACACAUGUUUGCUUAUUUUAUUUACUUUAAUCCAGAUAUAAAAAAAUAUUUGGGAUCAGCUAUUUACCUUAUUUUAUUGGCUAAACAUUAAACUCCAUUAUUUAAGAACACAUGUCUCAAAUACUUAACAUAAAAUCUCACAAACUCAUACAUCCAUUUGCAUGUAGACGAGUAAUUGCUUUACAGUUUUUUCUAAAAAGAAUUAUUUCUUAGUUGAUAAUAAUAACAGUUUUUCUGGGGUCAACGUGUAUUGUGAAAUUGUAGGUAAAACUAAUAAUUUUUCUGCUUUUAGUGUUUUAAGUUAGUAGUUCCUAGCAUAUAUGCACUUAUCAGAAAGUAUUCAAAAUUCAUUUUAAAGACAUUAUUCAGAUUGCAAAUGGUUUGCCCUUGUUACAACAAUCAAGCUAAAAUUUGAUCAAAAUUGUUUAACAAGUUAAUUGAUAGUGGAGAUUUCAUCAUCUUCUGACCCUUGUAUUUGAUUUGUAACAGUAAUCUAUUUAAGUGUAAUGUGAAAUCAAUUACAAGCGGAGUGUUUAAAAUGUGUAUAUAUACAGAUGUUAAGUAAUAAAUUGUUUACAGUUGUGGAAGGUUGACACUUGUAACUUUGCUUGGUUCUGUAUUUUCAACAGAAAUGUACUCUUCAGAGGCAGGCCUCUUGGAUCCACUGUCACUUGUGCAAAGAGAAACUUAGUCUCGUACGUCUGUCCUUUUUAACCACACACACGCACGCACACACGCACACACGCACUUUCACGUGCGCAUGCAGAUGCACUUGUCUGUUUCAACUCGUAUCGCCGCAUUGAGUCGAGUCACAUGCACAGCAGUGAAAAUUAUUACAUAAUUAUAAAUAAGUAAGGCUUAAACUUUGGCUAAAAGCAUGGCAUGGUACUAUUUAGGCUAGAAGCAUGGUAGUUGGAACAGCAAUGUGAAGAAGGGGGCAAAUUGCUAAAGCGUUGAUCUUAGUGGUGGGGCAGGCACUUUAUUUUGCCCCUGCGCUUUAUUCUUUUAUAGAUCAUUGUAUCACAACUAACCCACUGAAAAUCAAGAUUUAUUUUUCAAACCAGCAUGUUAAGUUCAAUUUACUAGGUUGUCUAGAAUGGCGCAAAACACGGAAAACCUGUAAUUUUCGCAGGAUUUAGAAUUUCUUGAAAAUCAAGGAAUAGUCUGGGAAUGGACGUCCUGUUUAGGUAGCAUUAAGAUAUAUUUGGAAUUUCAAAUUUUGGUUUUGGAAAGCUUGAUUUAGGCUUGUAUUAAAAAAAGUGUUGCUUAAGCAGUUUUAAAUUUUAUGUUACAAAAUAACAUUUUUAUGUUAAGGUAUUGGUAUUACCACAAUAUUAAAAAUCUAAAUUCACAGCAAAAAUCAAAACAAAAGUAUUUGCCCCCAGAAAGAAAAAGUUCUGAUGUUAAAACUUUUUUUUUAACUACGGGACUUGCAUGGAUUAGAAAGAAGUUUAAAGCAAAAAAUAAGUGCAUGAAACAACAAAGCAAGUUUAAGGAUAGAAGUGUAUGAUUACCAGGCAGUGGAUUAAUUAUCAGUGUGAGUGCAAACACAGCAACUUUUUGUACUGUUGGGGGAGGUUGGUUGUUUCUGUAUCUUUUAUAGUGAUUUUUUUUAGUAGUGAAAUUUAUUGUCAAUAUUGAGAUCACCUUUGUUUGAGCAAACAACUUUAUCUUGGACUUCACAUGCAUGACAAACAGUGCAUCAAUGCUGAGAAGUGCCCAGUGUCAUCAAUUAGAUGACUUUAGUCUGUUCAAGUGCAGUGGGAAGGCUCACGUGCUUAAGACCAUGCAAUUUCAACGUACCUUAGCUUCAAGCCGAUUUGUUCUGGAAGUUGAUAUUUCAACCUCAAGGCAAUAAGUGACUUUGAUUUUUGGUAUUUUUUGUUGUUGGCACUUGUAACUUCUAUGCUCAUUAAUUAAUUUAUUUUUUUUUUAAAUUGUGUACCAAACCUAAACUUUUACCGUCGUGCAUAAAUGUAACUUUCAUAACUGUUAUUUAAAAUUUUUCAUCGCUAUUAUAUGAAGGCUAUUUUUUCAGGAAAAAAAACGACUACACUUUAAUGGGGUAUCGACGGAAAUGAAUUUUCUUUUAUAAUUUGGUGUUUUUGCUUGAGGGUACAAAUCAGUACUACAACUUUCAUUAAUUGUUUGUAAAAGUUCUUUGUGUAAUAAUUCAAGAAUCUUAAAAGUCAUUUUUAUGUAUGUGUUGUUGUGAAACUCUUCAUUUUUAGGAUAACUUUAACAAAUAAAUAAAUAUUUGGAUAACCCAAAAACCUAAACAAUGAAGGUAAGCUACUCAAAAAAAGUUAAUUAAAAACUGUUUAUUACACUAUUACAUUGUCUUUUUUCAUGGUAGGUCCGAAGUAUUGGACAUUAGUGUUCUAAAAACUAUUUAAAAAUACUUAUUAAAUUGUUAGAAACUUUUGUAAACAGUUUACUAAGUAAGCCUUAGAACUUAUUUAAAAUUGUAAGCAAAAACACAAAAUUAUGUAAGUAAAAAAAAUGUUGGAUACUUUUUCACUAAGACUGUAUUAUUUACACCAUCAUGGUUAUAGAAUUUUUUUUGUAAAUGUACAGGAUUAAUUGCAACAAAAAAAAAGUGGUUUUAAAAAUUGCUAGUACAAUGUAGGUACAUUACAUUAAAAGAUUUCUUUCAUUACAAAUGAAAUGAAUUGUCUUUAAUAAAUAAAAUAUUCUGGCUAUAAUUUUAUUCUAGUAUAGGUACCGUGGUUAUGAUGUAAAAUAUGUUGUUAAAUUUUAAUGGCUUCAAAUAUUGUAUUUAAGAAAAUGAAUACUUUCAUAGUAGCUAAAUGAAAAAAUAUUCCAGAAAUCAAAGUUACUUUUCUUGUAGUUUAUAAUUUUUGUCCCUAAUAUUUGUGCUAUUAUUGUUGUAGGCCAUUGACUGUAAAUUAGGCUACUGUAUUUAAAAAUAAUACUCAAAAGACCACUAUGUUUUCUUUAUUCGGUACCACAAUCAGUGUAACCUAAUGAUUGCAUAGCUGUAAAAUGGCUAAUGUAGGACCAAAAUGAAAGUUUCUUCAUGUACAUCACAGUAAUAUUUAUUGUGCAGUGUUGGCAGCCAAGUUUGUAAAAUAGUUGUGUACUUAUUAAAUUCAAAGAAAACCAAUUGAACAAUGAUAAA